UCAUCUGACGCAUCGCUAGUCGCGAAGAAAGGCGCGAGCAGCGGGGCGGCGUUAUCGCCGACCUGGAGGUAGGUGCGGCCACGCCCCCUCGCCCGCGCAGCAACGCCAGCAGUCAGCGACGAAUCGAGCGCUCUCUGGUGGCGACUUGACUCAGGCGCGUGGCCGACUGGCCGCCAUGACAGGACCAGGACAGAAAGCAGCGCCAUAACCUCCACCACCAAGGUCGCAGUAGGCUACCCUUCUACUACCGCAGCCAGGGGCUUGUCAUCACAACUCACUGUUAAGAAUUGUAGAAAAGAGAAUGGAGCCUUUGCACGACGACGUCUUGCUGAUGGUCUUGGAGUAUGUCGGCGUGAAGGAUCUCCUUGCCUGUCGGCUCGUCUGCAAGAGGCUGGCAGAGCUCGCCGUGCACCCGCAACCGUGGCGGCGUCGACGGCUCAGUGUAUAUGACAUGCACACGAAGGUCAGUGCUGAAGACCGUUUGAUUUGCCCGGCGCUGCGAUUGGCGCCCUGCGUGCGCAUGCUGCAUCUCCAGCUACCGUCGAAGAGGUGUCAGCUGUCCUUCACGUCGACCAGAUGUGCCGUUUCGAAAUUGAGGCUGGUGCUGGAAGACAUCGAUGUCUGCAUGCACGCCGCUUUCGUCAUCCGUAACCAACUGGCGCUCGGGCGGCUGAGAGACCUUUCCGUUUGGUUCCCACCUGGGCGGGUGACGAUCAUUGAGAAAAACGCUUCCACUGAGUCUUCACAGACUCUAUUCGGAUUCUCUCUUUUGUUUGAUACGCUGGCCGUAGCGUCCGGACUGGAAAAGCUUGCAGUUGAUUGUUUCCCGGACAGGUGGUUUGUCGUACACAGCACCGUGGCUAUAAUACCCUCCCUGAAGCUCUUCAGCUGCAAACUUCGGCUGAGGUCGGAGCCCUUCGUCGACUUCGUUCUGGCCGGGCACGCCCCUACCCUAGAGGAGGUUGACUUGCGAGAUAGUUGGCUGAACCCGGUCUUGAAGUCUCCUUCCACGGCGUCCCUCCUGGCCGCGAUGCCUAACCUUCGCGAGCUCACCUGCCCCGCCGUACUCGUCGGGAUGGAGGUCGUGGCAGAGUGUGGUUCUCUGAGGAAGCUGACCCUUCACAUCAGAUGCGACAUGCCGUCUGCUCUGGUCGCGGGGGCCGCCGGGUUCCUCCGCCGCGCCACCCAGCUGCGUGAGGUUUCGUUGCAGUACCACCCCGGGGCCACCAGCCCCGAUGACGCCGGCGUACGCCUGGUCCGCGACCUGGCCUGGUCAGGACGCUCCCGCGUUGAGUCGCUGGCUAUCACUAACAUUUGGAGAGAGGAGGAGGACAGCCACUACUUUCCUCAGGAGCAGCCGCUCCUGAGCGCACUCCCCGCGCUGCCCGCUCUUCAGCACCUGGACCUGAGGUCUCAUGCGCCGCCCCAGCUGCUGCAGGCCCUCGGCCCCGAGACGUGCCCAGCCUUGCGGACCCUCGAGCUGGGUGUGCAUGCCAUGGGGUUCGACAUACACCACCACUGCCUUCACUCCUGGUUGCACGACAAUCUCCUUGCCAACGACCUCCUGAAGGUGCACCCCUCGAUCGAGCUGAUUCCACCAUCCUCAAGUUACUACUGCUCUGUCCCAAAAUAUUGCACUCCGUGUGCAUCAGGUUGCCACCCAGAGCUCUCCGGGGAUGACCGGCCGCUUUUCCGAGACGCUUUGAUGAAAUUCUGCCCCUGACUGUGCGCUGUGCUAGGCUAUGUCUCUUUUUUAUAAAAUAAAUGCUCUGCUCAGUUA